UCCGAUGAAAUCUGGAGACUUUUUGUUGACGACAAUGAUCUAUUUUUAUGCUGACCACCGUGAUCAUCAAGACCAUUUGAGCUUUUUAUGUUGACCACCAGAUAUUAAGUUAAAGUGAAAGUACAAAAAUGUAGGAGUGUUAUUGAACCCCGUAUAUUUCGACCCCCAAUAGACGCCACAUUCGGCCGCAUCGCUAUACAAGCUAGCUCAACAAUCACCACGUCAGAUACAUGUUUGUAAGGAUAGUCAAAUGAAGAAAUGGCACAUUACAGAGACAAUUUUACAACAACGCUUAUGCAGAAAAUUGACGGAGAGCUCAUCUGUGGGGUCUGCUUAGAGUUUUUUACGACCCCAAUACUGCUUCCAUGUGGCCACAACUUCUGUAAGGCUUGUAUAUUGAGUAUCGUACAAACCGGGAGAUUCAAUUAUCUGUCCCUGGGUCCAUCCAAUUCCUUCAACUGCCCAGUAUGCCAAGCACGAACAAGCAACAGUCCAGGACAUCUGGAUCAUCUGCCGAUCAACAGGGCACUGGAAAGCAUUGCUCAGUUGUACAAGGAGAGUUCACCAGUGGACAUCUUUGACUCGGCCUGGCAGGCAGAUCUUGCCUUGAAGCCUGGACAGUGUGAGGACCACAAGCUGCCCUGCGACCAGUUUUGUGACAGCUGUAUCGAGGUGGCCUGUCGCAUGUGCGUGAAGGCCAAACACUCCGCGAGGGCAGGCAAACAUCGGGUGGAACCACUGGCCAGUGUCACACAUUCAUACCAGCUUGAGAUAUGUGAGACACUUUCGGAGCUGAAGAAGAAGCUGCUGGUCAUCAAUGACAAGAUGGGAGUGCUGGAGGAGGUCAUCAGUGGUAUACAGGCAAAUGAAGAGCAAAUGUGUAAGCAGCUGGGUGACAGUGUAGCUACAAUGGUAGCCAAGUUGAAGUCCCACCAGACCCAGUUGGAGAAUGAGGUGCGACGUUCAAGCGAGGACCUCCAGAGGCCCGUCCAUGCGGAGCUUACCAAAUGUCGGGGCCUCAAAACACACACCAGCCAGCUCAUGAAGAAACUAUCAGAUAUCAGGAGAGACAGGCACAGGAAGGAUGUUGCUUUUACAUUGCAGUUGAUGAGAACCACAUGUCAGGAGUUGAACACCUUUUCCUAUCAGGACAUAGACUGGUACCUGAGGAAUGAGGCCAUUCCAGAGGUGAAUGUGCCCAUGUGGGAUAUAGACCUGCGGGGCCUCACAGCUGCCAUAGACCAGCUUACCUGGAAGGAUAGAUACAGUGGUACAUAUGGAAAGGACAUGCAUGAUGUCAGUACACAAACUGUAGCUUCGAAUAACCCAACCCUGAAUGUAAGUUAUCACGUCACUCCUCCCCAUCCAAACAGUGCCGAUGUUACCAAGGCCCCUGAACAAGUGUGGGACGAGAUAGAUGGAGACUUUGUGCCUAGAGCUUCAAGAAUGUCAGAGCAACCGGAGACUCAGCUUGGUAAAAAAACUGGAAAAAAUAGGGACAGUGUUAGUCCAAAAGUAAGUGCUAGAAAGAAGGAUUUAAGGAAUCGAACACAUAGUAAUGACUCGGAACUUCAUGAAAGAAGUAGAAAAAAGAGCAAAGAAAGAAAAAAAGAAAGGUGUGAUUCCGGGCAAACUGAAGCAUUUUCAAGGUCUUCCAGUACUACUAGCCUACCUGUGGCAGAAGGGUUGAGGGUCCCUGUGCAUUCUGGGUUAGAACAUAAAAUAAAUCUGGAUGAAGAAGUGCUUAGUAAAUCCCUUGAUGCUGGUGGUUUUCAUGAGACUCCAAAAUCUAGCAAUGCCGAGGCCCUUGCCAAGUUUUUGGCCCGGAGAAAAACUUUGUCCCCAUCUGCAUCAUCCCCCGUUUUCACAUCUUCCAUGUCAGAUCGAAGUAUAAGCUCACCAAGUAUAGCUGAGUGCGAUACUGGCAGGGAUAAUGAAUUGGCUACUGGUGUUGAUUGGCGAAUAGAUCCUGCUGAGGAGCUUGUCCAAGCAAAGAAAAGUGUCACUAAACACAACAGUGACGGACAACUGAGAUCAUCUAAAGCCACAAGUUCGGAGGUAAUAUCUAAAGAAACAUCAAGUGCUGGGUUGAAUAUGUCAAAUGACAUGAUUGGAGAAAGUCUUGUUGCGAGAGUUGAGAAACAUAAUCAUGCCAAAAAUACUGGUGCUCAAAGAACAUUUACGGUGAUAAAACCUGACACAAAUAACACUGAUAGUAGAGAAAAACAUAGUGAAAGUUCUUGCAAUGAAUCACUCCUUGUAGCAAGUGCAACUCCUGAUCACACGGGUGAUGACCAGACCCAAAUCAAGACUAAACAUUCACCAAAGGAAUUCACCAAGAAACCUCUUGCCAGUAGCAUGGAUUUUGACUUCAGCCCAUCAACACCUGUUGAAUCUGGAGAUCAAAAGUUUCCUGUUCAUAUUGUUACCCAAGUUUGAGAAGGGCUUGUUUGUUCUUGUUUUUUGUUACAUGUACUUUUGUUUAUUUUGUUAUUGCAUGUACUAGUUAUUUUAGUUAUCUAUUACUCACACCAGUUUAUAAGUAUGGUCGCCAUCCAUCUGUAUGUCUAUUUAGAGACAGACAUUCUGGGAUAUAUUUUAUUUUUUUAGAAAAGAAAUUAACAUUUGAUUUAGUAUAACAGUUCUUUUAAGCAUUGUUCUAAAUCGCACAAAUUAUAUGUGUAUACAUGCCAUGACAGUUUUUUAAAGCAUCAGUAAAGUUAUUAAGCUGUUCUCUUGAUGAAGAAAAAAAAUCCUUUAUUUUCAUAGCCUUGACCAAGUUGUCAGCAUCUGUAUGCAAAAACUAAAACCUUAGCCCAAACUCACAAAACACUCAUCACCUGAAACCUAGUACAUGUUUAACAAGAAUUAAUACAUGUGUAGCAUGGUCCAUAACACUGGAUUAAAUAAUUAUUGAGAAAUUUGAGAAAAAUUCAACAGAAGAGCAUAAAAAAAAUAUGUAUCUAGUGUUUCUUUAUGAUUUAAAAUUGGCCCCAAAUUCAGCCCCAUUCAAAAUCCCCAAAAGUAUUCUUUUCUCACAAAAAUUAGACUAAAAAUUCACAAUCCAAAAAAUAUAUAUAUUAUUUUAUUUGUUCUUAUUUUUUUUUUAAAGUCAACAAGUACUGUUAUGUUUAUAUGCAAUCCUCCUCUUUUAAAAAUUUUCAAAAUCUGUGACCUAAAGUGCCUGUGUUUUUUUUCCUUGUUUGAAAUGUACUAACGUAUAUUCACAAUUUUAGACUUUUUGUCGGAAUUUAAACACUGGUAUCAGCUUUUAGUGGUCUUGUUGAACUUGGACUAAAAAUGUUUUUUGUAUAUUCACAGUUUUAUCGUAAAUAAUGAUUGUUAGACAUACUCGCAGUUUAAAUUGAAGCAACAGUUGUACCGACAGAAUUUACAAAAGUGGGUGGGUAACAUCAUUAUUUGUAUGUGAGGUGUCAACCAUGGUAAUCCAGUGGAUCACUUCGAAAUCUUUUGUAAUGAUUGUUGAUAGGACUAGCAUGGUUUUGAAACAAAGAGUCCCAUGUGAAAAUAAGUUUGUCCUAAAAUAUUCUGAUAGGACACAUCUAGAACGCUAUUUAAGGAAUGGGGUUUGUAGAAUAGCUUAUACAACAGCUUAUACUCGGGAGGUUUUGAUUGAAUAAAAAUAAAAUACAUAAACACAAGGUCAGAAUGGCAUAUUAUCAAUCUGUGACCAAUUACACAUACAAAGAGAUCAUUGUGAGUCAAUAUAUCUGAGAUCUUCUGGGCUUCUUCCCAUGCCACUCCUGCCUGGUAAAUUAACUUCAAAAGUUUGUGGCAUCUCACUGUCAACCAUGUGAAUUCUAUCAGCGGUAGGUAAAAUCUACAGCUUAAGACCCCUUUACCUCUCUACUAUCCCUACGUAAACUACCAUUUUAAAAAAAAGGCUUUAACUUUGCUUUUUAUGUGUCUGACAUGAUCCUGCCAUAAUCAGCGAUUGUAAGGCCAUUGUUUAUAUAACAUUCAUAAAAGUUUGACAACGAAUGGGUCAGGCACGAGGAAGGAAAUAUCGGCCCUGUCUACCAAUAGUGUGUAUACAGUGUUAACGUGAUGUACCGCAGUGAGUUCAAAGGCCUAGAUCAAUAAAACAGAAGUCGCUUAAUUGGUUCGCUGCUCUUGGAAAUCACGAGACAAUUUAGAGCUCACCUUUGAUUGCAGUGUAUUACAGUAAACUAAUACAUAUUCACUUAUUGACAAAUGACGUAUGUUUGUUAGUUUAUUUGUGAAAUGUUUAUGAUGAAAGAAUGUUUUGUAACCACAAAACCAUUUGUUAUCCUCUAUGUUAACUAACUUCUUUUCUUACAUCUAUGUUGUCUGAAAAUUUCAUAUUUAGCAAGAGAGCUUUUUCGUCGGAAACAAUUUUCAAAGUUGUUUUUUUCAACAAUCUGUUUUGAAGAAAUGAAUUUUCUUCAAGGACUGAAUUCUUAUGUCAUAUAGUUCCUAUUUCUAAAUGUUUGCAUAUUAAAAAUUGCUUUACCAAAGACCAGUAAAACUAAAACACAA